AGUCAUUCGCUGGAAGGCAGAGUCGGGGAUACCGCGCCUGUCUGCCGGUUGCGCGCUAGACUCGCUCCGUUCACCGCCACUAAUAUUCAACACUUUGUGCUACAUUAAAUCCAUUAAAAUAACUAGAAAAUGUGCAUUGUCAAGAAACGGUGGAAAAAUAAAUAGUUUUGCCACUUUCAAACAUUUGUAAAUAUUUUUGUGUUCAAAACUCGGAUUAUCAUGAUAACAACGAUGACGUCAUUCAUUUUAUUGAAGACCAACUCUUUUUUGUUGAGGAUGAACAGAGAGGAUAACGUGAACUGGUUCCAUGGGAAAAUAUCACGAGAAGCUGCUGAGAACCUCUUGAAGGAAGAGGGCGAGGAUGGUGUCUUCUUGGUCCGUGAGAGCAACACGUCACCAGGAGACUAUGUGCUCUCUGUUCUGCAUCAGGGUGAAGUAGUCCACUACCAGAUUCGUCGUCAUGGUGAAGAUGCGUUCUUCUCUAUCGAGGAGCACACCACUGUACAUGGGUUGGACACACUCAUCCAACAUUAUCGGGGUGACUCCAACGGACUCGUUACUCGACUCUCCGUUGUGUGCAAAGGACAAGCACCACCUCAUGAAUCCAGAACACAGGGAACAACAAAUCUGUUGCAUCGGGCGACAGAGGCCGGGGACUUCAACGUAGUGUCUCAGCUACUCGCGUGCGGGUACCGAAGUCGCGACGCGAAGAACCAAGAUGGUCAAACCGCGGUACAUAUCGCGGCGCGCGCGGGAAGAGACAAGAUCCUCGAGAAGCUGAUAGAAAGUGGCGCCACUGUCAACGUUCGGGACUCCUUUGGGUAUACGCCUUUACAUUACACUUGCCAAAACAACUUGCCGAGCACGACAGAGUUGUUGGUCACAAAGGGCAACGCCAACUAUCAGAUGCGACACGCACCCACGGGGAAGGUGCCUAUGCACGAUGCAGCGCAGAGAGGACACAUCGAAUGUAUUAAGGUGCUUCUAAGUUUACGGGCGCCAGCUCACCCCAGGACUUUAGCUCAGGACACACCGGCCGACUUAGCCAAACACUACGGGCAUACAGAGUGCUAUCAGUUACUCAAAAAUCACAAGCCAGAGACGGCGAAGACAUCGAAAAGCCAGUGGUACCACGGCACGUUGAACCGCGAGGAGGCAGUGAAGACUCUGCAGGACUACUGCAAGCAACACUCGGUGCAAGACAAGGCCUGCGACGGGGUGUUCCUCGUACGGUACAGCGAGCGGCACACGGGCGCCUACGUGCUCACUAUGCUUAGCGAAAAUACUCCAUACAACUUUAUAAUUAGGAAAGAGGCCUCCUGGCUAUUCAUAGACGACGGGCCGUAUCUAGAAUGUCUGGAGCGACUAAUCGAGCACUACAGCACGGUACCCGAUGGACUGCCCACCCGGCUGACGACGCCGGUGCCGCCUAAACCAAAGCCUCCGCUGCCUGAAUUCUCGACCAUGCCGCGCACCAAGAAGCCGUCACCGAGCCGCGCGGCCAUGAACCAGACGUUAUCUCUAGUCAAGCACGACAUACUCAACGACAAACUGCCCGCCACCGCACCAGUAGCCACAAACAACAACGCCUUCGAAUUGUUAACGAGAAACCUCUCGUUCUCGUCAGACUUCCACAACGACACUCUCAACAACAACGACGACGGUGACAACGAUACGUACAAAGUACCAUCGAAUAACACCGCCGUCGUUACGUUAGCAGAGAAUUACAACGAGAUAUCUAUUGAUUCGGAUGGCCAGCUAUCCACACUGCAAGAAUUCAUACCAAUGACGGAGCUAACAUUAGGCGCAGUACUAGGCGAGGGAGAGUUCGGCUCAGUACUCCGCGCCACGUACAGCCCACCGGACGGCACACCGCAGCAAGUUGCCGUGAAGACACUGCACAUGCAACACACCGACACUAACAAGAAGGAAUUCCUGUCUGAAGCCAAGGUCAUGAUGUCGCUAAGACAUCGGAGUAUCGUGAGGCUGAUCGGUGUUUCUUUGGGCCCACCUCUAGCCAUGGUUCAAGAGUUAGUUCCCUUAGGAUCACUCCUAGAGUACUUGAUCCGACAUCCAGACAAAGUAUCACCUGGCUACGAGCUACGGCUCUGGGCUUGCCAAGUAGCCGCCGGAAUGAAAUACUUGGAGCGUCGCCGCUUCGUGCAUAGAGAUCUCGCUGCUAGGAAUAUUUUGCUUGCUAACAGGCAUCAAGCCAAAAUAAGCGACUUCGGGUUAUCGCGGGCGUUAUCGACGGACAGUUCCUACUACAAGGCGAGUCGGGGCGGCAAGUGGCCUAUCAAAUGGUAUGCGCCGGAGUCGUACAACUAUGGCACCUUCAGCCACGCUAGUGACGUGUGGAGCUAUGGCAUCACGCUCUGGGAAAUGUUCUCAUUUGGCAAACAACCUUACGGAGACAUGCGUGGUAUUGAGGCAAUACAAAUAGUGGAAAGUGGUAAACGGCUAGAGAGGCCUGAAGACUGCCCUGAUGAGAUAUACCAAGUUAUGUUGGACUGCUGGGCGUACAACCCGGACAACCGGCCGACGUUCAGCAAGUUAGUAGACGUAUUCUCACAACAUCCCGACUAUGUGAACAUUAGUCAACUUGCCUUAGACGUCGACGAGAUAUAAGAACAAAUAGAAUAGAAAUGACAAGGGACUGUAACGGGUAUGUAAAGAUGCUAAUACAACGCCCGAUCUAUUUAUUUUUAGGCCGUGCCGAUCAAUGUUAAGAACGGUGUAGAAUGAUAUAAUGUUAAUAUUGUGGAAUGGAAGGUUUUAGGUAACUUAACAAGUUUACAGCGAGUGCUCUGUAUGUUGUUCUAAAUGAGCAUUUAGUAUGGAAAAUUUUAUACCGCUGUCUAUGAAUAAUCUCAAUUACACAACGAUGUAAUACUUUUAUAGGUUUAUCAUAAGGUUGAGGAAUGUAGGUAAAGGAAUAUAGGAAAUGACAUGCCAUGAUGUGCCUGAUUACUAAAUAGGUUCUUAUAUUUUAUCAUUUGUACAAAGUGUAGAUUUUUAUGAAUUAAAUCUUUUAAUUUGUAAUAUUCAUUAUACAAUUUAAGCUAUAACUUGCACUAUAACGAUUCAAUUAAGAAUAUUUAAAAUUAAUUAGCAUUUUAUACAGCAUUUGUGUUAACUGUUUGUGCUUGAUGUAUUAUUAGAAUGUAUUCUUACUAUUUGAGCGAUUUCUGUGUAAGUUCCUUUUCAAGCCAAAAUAUUGUAUAUUUUUUUAAUUAAUUGUAAUCAUGAUAUUACAUGCUUGGAAGAGAAAGACAAAAUAACUUGAGCAUUUUCCCUUCUAUUUUUGUAAAGUGUUGCUUAUAAAAUGCCGAUUCCUUUUUAUUUAUAAACUAAUUUUAUUAAUUUCUUCUGUUGUUGUUUCUUGUACUGUAUUUUAAUGUCGAUAGACCAAACCUAUCAUUUUCUACUCAGCUCAGGAGAAUUCUCGAAUGAUUAUUUUGUUAUUUUUCUCCAGCAUUUAAUAGACAUUUUAAAUGAAUUACGUGACACAAAAUAUACAUUCCCUAUUUUUAUGUUAAUUCUACAAUAUUUAUAGAUUAUUUUUUGUAUUUAAAACAAACUAAUGUAAAAGCGAAAAAUGUUCUAAUAUAUUAAAAUCCUGAAUUGCCAUAGUUUUUGUGAUUAACUUUUAAAUUGCAAAUGCCAUGAGGUUGUGUUUUCUGUUUUAAACCUGUUUGUAGUUACCCAAAUUUAUAGCUUUUAAAAAAUGAUUAUAUUUUCCAUAAGUCUGAUUUAGCAUAUUAUUUUUACUAUAGUUUUUGACAAAUCAUAUUAUAAUGCUGAAAUGAAAUGUGAUAAUGGUAUUUAUGAAAUAAAAUAUAAAUAUUCAUA